AUACGUGCUCCAUGUCCUCACUGGUGCAUAGGUAUCCCCGCCUAUGAUCACUGCCAUGCCAAUGAUAAAGAUCAGAUAUGGAAGAAUCAACGCAAAUGCGCCAGGACCGGAAAUGUACUUCCACCUCAAUCUAUGCAACAAAACACUUGGUAUUCCUCUGUAAACCAGUUUGGGCCAUCUACUAUGGUUGCGUCUCGCCCAAACACGUACAUAAGUUCUGGUUACAGACCCGAGCAACCAAGGACCUUUCCGCAAAAUCUACAACCUCGUGCUCCUCAGCUAUACCAAAACCAAUACGGUUGGUUUAAUAAUGGUAACCCAAUCCCCCAAGUGUUCUCGUCCAGAUCGCUCACAUGGACUCAAAGGCCAAGUGUAGGAGCUACUCCUGUGGAAGUUGCUCAAGGCUUUCCGUAUAACCGUUACGUUACUCCUCCCACGGUUUUACAAGGCAAUUCACAGCAGACGUUUGCUGAUUAUACUCUAACAUCAUCUCACACUAAUGGUUACGCUAGAAAAUGUAGCUGGCCAAAUGCAGUUCCGUGUGGAACUCCUAAUCCUCCGGCGAAUCAGCAGCAACAACAACAACAAAGAAGAAGUGUCAACAAAGCACUGUCGGAGAUUGAAGACUGGCUCAUGGACAUUGGACAGUAUUGACCCGGCUUGUCCCUUGUCUGGUCAAUCCAAUUCUACGACAUUCCAAUUCGGUUUCGAAACCUUCUUUGGAUGAUUUGAACAUUAGGAUUGUCUUGAUUUUCAUAAUUUAUUAAAAUUUAGAAUUAGUAUGUACAUAGGUAGUAUUAGCCAAGAGCUUUUUGGUUAGGACGUUAAGUUUACGAAAACAUU